GACUGACAACUCAUGGGGCCCCCGGGCAAUUGCAGAUCAUGGGGCCCCUGUGUCCUUGCCCACACUCAAAACACACCCAAAAAAGCCUAUUAAAAAAAGGUACCAGGGGCAUUUUAUGGGGCCCCCUACUGACCCCGGGCCCUCGGGCAGUGCCCGAGUUCUCGAAUGGUCAGUCCGCCCCUGAAUAUACAUCAAACAUAUCUAUAAUAAUCUCUGUAAUAAAAACUUCCAUCACACAGAGCAGCCCCAAACCUCCUCGUCUGGGCGUGGUCAGUUCUCUAGCUGUGCUCUCAACUAAUUUAUUUAUUUAUUUC